AGUAAGUAAUCUACAACGGAGUUCAAAGGACACGCGCCCUUCCCUGGAGUCCCUUGGCAGGACUCGCGUUCUUUAUCAGGGAGCGGUUUCACAGGGUGAAGACCACUACGAUCCCCGAUCCCGAGGAGAACGCGCUAUUCACCCGGAACCGCUGCAACACCAACAGUCAAGAUGCCUAAAACGGUGAACGUUCGAGUGACCACCAUGGACGCGGAGCUGGAGUUCUCCUUCCAUCCCAACACUACAGGAAAACAGCUCUUCGAACAAGUGGUCAGGACUGUGGGGUUAAGGGAAGUCUGGUACUUUGGGCUGCAGUUUGUGGACAAUAAAGGAUUUCCCACAUGGCUGAAAUUUGAGAAAAAGGUCACAGCCCAGGACGUGAAGAAGGAGAACACCCUCCAGUUCAAGUUCCGGGCCAAGUUCUACCCCGAGGACGUGUCUGAGGAGCUAAUCCAGGAGAUCACCCAGAAGAUGUUCUUCCUGCAGGUGAAGGAGGCCAUCCUGAGUGACGAGGCGUACUGCCCCCCGGAGUCCGCCGUGCUGCUGGCCUCCUACUCCGUCCAGGCCAAGUUCGGAGACUACAACAAAGACGUGCACCUGAGCGGUUACCUCAGCAACGAGCGCCUGCUGCCCAGGAGAGUGCUGGACCAACACAAGCUGUCGAAGGAGGAGUGGGAGAAACGCAUCCAGACCUGGCACGAGGAGCACAGGAACAUGCUGAAGGAGGAUUCCAUGGUGGAGUAUCUGAAGAUCGCCCAGGACCUGGAGAUGUAUGGCGUGAACUAUUUUGACAUCAAGAACCGCAAAGGGACUGACCUGUGGCUGGGCGUGGAUGCUCUCGGGCUCAACAUCUAUGAGAAGGAUGAUAAAUUAACUCCAAAGAUUGGAUUCCCCUGGAGUGAAAUCAGGAACAUUUCGUUCAAUGAUAAGAAAUUCAUCAUCAAGCCCAUAGAUAAGAAAGCUCCAGACUUCCUGUUCUACGCGGCCCGCCUGCGCGUCAACAAGAACAUCCUGCAGCUCUGCAUGGGGAACCACGAACUGUACAUGCAGCGGCGCAAGGCCGAUACCAUCGAGGUGCAGCAGAUGAAGGCCCAGGCUCGCGAGGGGAAGAACCAGAAACAGAUGGAGAGGGCUCAACUGGAGAGUGAGAAAAAGAAGAGGGAGGCCAUGGAGAAGGAGAAGGAGAACAUGGAGAAGGAGAAGCAGGACCUGAUGUUGAGGCUCUACCAGUUUGAAGAGACCACGAAGAAAGCACAGAGAGAAAUGGAGGAGCAGCUGGAGAGAGCCGCCCGGCUGGAGGAGGAGCGGAGGAGGGUGGAGCAGGAGGCCGCGCGGCUGGAGGCUGAGAGGCAGGAGGCCGUCCUGGCCAAGGAGGCUCUGGCCCGGCAGGCGGAGGACCAGCUGAAGAGCCAGGAGCAGCUGACAGCAGAGCUGGCAGAGUACACCACUAAGAUACUCAUCCUGGAGGAGGCUAAGAGGGCGAAGGAGGAGGAGGCUGACUCCUGGGAGCACAGGGCUAAGGAGGUGCAGGAGGAUCUCCUGAAGACGAGAGAAGAGCUGCACCUGGUGAUGGCCGCUCCUCCUCCUCCUCCCGCGGCGGCGCCUCCCGCCCCCGCCUCCUCCUCCUCAGACAGCGAGAGCGACCACGAGGAGCAGAACGGCGAGCACAGCGAGGAGCACAGCACCUACAGCGCUGAGCUGCAGACGCAGGACAUCAACGACCACCGCCAGGAGGAGGAGCGCGUCACAGAGGCGGAGAAGAACGAGCGCGUGCAGAAGCAGCUGCUGGCCCUGAGCUCAGAGCUGGCCGGCGCCCGGGACGACACCAGGAAGACCCAGAAUGACCUGCUGCACAGCGAGAACGUGCGUGUGGGCCGCGACAAGUACAAGACCCUGCGGCAGAUACGCAUGGGGAACACCAAGCAGAGGGUGGAUGAGUUUGAGGCCUUGUAAAGACUACAGCAGACAACACCUCUAACUGUAGUCUCGUUGAGUAAAGUGUUUUACUUUUGACAGUGAUUUGACUUGUAAUAUUUUGGAAAGUAACCGUUUUUUAGAUCAAUGUUUUUAUUUUAUUUUUCUGGAUAAUGUUUUAAUUUGUAAUAAGAAUUAACAUAUUGUUAUAAUUCUUAGAGGUGACUGGGGGAGAAACGUCUGUAUUUAGUUUCUAGGGGCCUGAGAUGACUAAUUUGAUCAGCAUGUUUUCUUUGUAAUUGAUUGAAAAAACUAACUGAGCAAACUAUUACAACCGUCAUGCAGUUU